AUGAGUAUUGGUGACCAGGGUUCUGAGACCCACCGGCCUCAUCCGGUUGACGAUACCAGUGCUCAUAAAGACGACGGCACCAAGGAUAUGCAUGACAUUGCCACGGAUGUCUUCGUCGUUGGGGCUGGUGUCACUGGCCUCACCCUGGCGGCACUCUUGGCUGUCAGUGGUGUGAGGGCACUCACCAUAGCUAAGCAUCGCGGCACUGCCCCAUCACCUCGGGCACACGUCACAAAUCAACGGACCAUGGAGAUAUUUCGAGACAUGGGAAUUGAAGAACGUGUGGUUGAGGUUUCAACUCCCUUACCACAAUUGGGUAAUGGGGUCAUGUGCACAAGCCUCACAGGUUUAGAGCUAGCUCGUUAUAGCUGUUACGGCUAUGGGCCUCACCAGCGGUCAGACUUCGCAAUAGCUAGCCCUUGCGACAUGAUCAACUCACCUCAGCACGUGCUAGAACAAGUCCUCUUAGCACAUGCGCGGGAGAAAGGCGCCGAGGUCCGCUUCUACCACGAGCUGACCAGCAUCGAGUCGACGCCCGAAGGCGUAACCGCUCGCGUCCGAGAUCGCCAAACUCAAGCCGAAUACGUUGUCCGUGCUCGAUAUGCGGUGGGAGCGGACGGAGGUCGCUCUCUUGUGGCCCAGCAGCUUGGUUUCGGCUUUGUUGGCGAACCUGGACUCAUGUCUAUGCUAACAUCGUGGUUGGAAUGUGACCUCGAGCCUUAUACCGCUUAUCGACCCGCUUGCCUAUACAUGAUGGUGCAACCUGGAAACGCAUUCUGGGUAGGCUCAGGGACGUUGGUUAGUGUCAAACCAUUCAACGAAUGGCUCUUGAACCGUCAGUAUAAUGCCAAGGACGGAGAACCUGAUAUGUCUGAUGAUGCUAUCAUCGCGUACGCUCGCAUGGCUUUAGGAAUUUCAGACCUAAAAAUUCGUGUCAAAGACACCAGCAAGUGGCAGGUCAACAAUAUUUAUGCGUCUGAGAACCGCCGUGGUCGGGUCUUUCUGGCUGGAGACGCGGCCCAUCGUCAUCCACCUGCUAGCGGCCUCGGGAGCAAUACUUGUGUCCAGGAUGCUCAUAACCUCGCCUGGAAGCUUGCGUUAGUUGUGUCUGGCCGAGCUGGAGAUCGACUCCUCGACAGCUACAACCAAGAAAGGCAGCCGGUCGCUAAGCAGAUUGUGGGCCAUGCAAUUAAGACCCUCUAUAAUUUUGCCCGUGUGCCGGAAGUUCUGGGCUUCAGACAAGGCCAGACACAUGAGGAUGGAUACAAGUCCUUGGAUGAACUCUUUUCGGACGGCCCCGGAGCAGAGAAACGUCGUGCCGAAUUGGCGGAAGUGGUCGAUCUGCAGAAUUAUCGGUCCAACGCCCUUGGGUUACAAUUAGGGCAUCGGUAUUCAGACUCGUGUGCUGUGGUUGAUGAUAAGACACCUUUCCCUGCCUAUAAGCGUGACCCUGUUCUCUACUACGAAGCUACUACUCAUCCUGGAGGGUACCUGCCACAUGUGUGGAUAGAAUACAAGACUCGAAGGUUAUCCACGCUGGAUAUACUCGACCAAGGCUCCUUCGGUCUCAUUAUGGGCAUCGGCGGCGACCCCUUCGUGAAGGCUGCGGAGCAAGUGAGCAAAGAAUUAGGUGUUGAAUUACGAGUUUACAAGGUUGGAUACCGCUGCCUUUACGACGACGUAUAUGGCGAUUGGAGUAAAAUUCGAGAGAUUGGAGAUCGUGGUGCUCUUUUGGUCCGCCCUGACCGACACAUCGCAUGGCGCUGCGUUGAACGACCAGAUGACCCCACCCAAGCCUUGCGGUCCGCCUUUCGACAUGUCCUUUGUUGCGACAACUAG